AUGGCCGAUCAGUCACUCCAGGCCCGUCUGGGACAGCUGCUGCACACAAUACGCGACGUUCGACUGGACGAUGACGCGUGGAGUUCGGUUCCAGAUGGCGAGAAGCAGUCGUCGCUCCAUCCUCUUACCGUCUUCUCUGCCCUUGGCGCACAUUUGCGAAGAAACGGCCAAGUAAAGGAGAGCGAUGCUCUGCUACAGACCGUCAGCAUCGCCACCGCACCCACCAACCUGGGCGGUAUGGCCUUGUCAUGGACCGAUGAAAUGUCGGCCGACGAUGUUGACGAGCUUCUCCUUCUUACAUCUGCAUGGUUGGAAUCAUUAAAUUCGGCCGAGCGAUACGACGGGGCCAUGAGCACGCCUCUGAGUCUGCGUCCUGCCGGCCGACCACCCAUGAACGUGACGGAAAAGAUCUUUGCGAUGCACGACCUAUCCCGCACCGGCCACGUCAAGACGGGAGAUAGCAUUCGCGUGUCGGUAGACUGGGUCAUGGCGAGCGAAGCCAGUUGGCAUGGCAUGCUUCAGGUGUACAACAAGCUCGGCGACCCGGGAGUGUUCCGCAACGACCGUUUCUGGCUGGCCGGCGACCACGUGGUGGACCCGCGGCUGGCGGACACGCCGUUGGUGCAGAGCCUGGUGCGCGAGAUGGACUUUGCGCGCAAGAAGUUCAAGAUGACGCAGUUCCAGGGCAGCAACUACACCAUCAUGCACACCGAGUUCUACCGCGAGCGGGCGCAGCCGGGCCAGAUCAUCAUCGGGUCGGACUCGCACACGUGCAGCUCGGGGGCCAACGGCUGCCUGUCUAUCGGCCUGGGCGCGACCGAGGUCACCAUGGCGCUGGUGACUGGCCAGAUCUGGUUCAGGGUGCCCGAGGUGGUGGAGAUCCGGCUGACCGGCCGGCCGGCCCGCGGUGUCGGCGGCAAGGACGUCAUCCUGUACAUCCUGCAGCAGCUCAAGCGCAACACGGUGGCCGCCGACCGCGUCGUCGAGUACACGGGCCCCGGGUGCAGGUGGCUGAGCUCCGACGCCCGCUUCGCCAUCGCCAACAUGACGACCGAGUUCGGCGGCAUCACCGGCAUCUUUGCGCCCGACGUCGUGACGAAGCGCUUCGUCGACGGCCGCAAGACGCCGCACCACAAGAGGGCCUCGCGCUACUUCCGCCCGGACCACGGCUGCUCCUACGCCGAGUCGCACGAGAUCGACCUCUCGCGCGCCCAGCCGUCGGUGGCGCGGUACCCGAGCCCGGACGACGUCGUGCCCGUCGGCGACGUGGCCGGCACCGCGCUGGACGGCGUCUUCAUCGGCGCCUGCACCACGGCCGAGGAGGACCUGGUGGUCGGCGCCCUGGUGCUCAAGGCCGGCCUGGACAAGGGGCUCAAGCCCGUCGCGCGAGGCGAGCGCCGCGUCGUGCCCGGCAGUCGCCCCAUCGCCGAGCACCUGCGCAGGACCGGCCUUGCCGACAUUUAA